AUGGCAGCUGGGAUGCGCUUCCUGCAGCUGUUCGCCGCAGUUCUCGCGUUCUGCUUGGCGCCGGUCAAUUCCAACUGGAUCCCGGCCACCGCCACCUUCUACGGCGGCGCCGACGGCUCCGACACAAUGGGUGGCGCGUGUGGGUACGAGAACCUGUACGUUGCGGGGUACGGGAUUAACAACGUGGCGCUGAGCACGGCGCUGUUCAAUGACGGUGCAUCGUGCGGGCAGUGCUACGUCAUCAUCUGCGAUACCAGCAAGUCUGAUAUGUGCAAGCCCGGCACAUCCAUCACCGUGUCUGCCACCAACUUCUGUCCUCCCAACUGGGAUCUCCCCAGUGACAACGGCGGGUGGUGCAACCCUCCACGCCACCACUUCGACAUGUCGCAGCCCGCCUGGGAGAACAUCGGCAUCUACCGUGCCGGCAUCAUCCCCGUCUUCUACCAGCAGGUCAAGUGCUGGAGGCAAGGCGGCGUGCGGUUCACCAUCAACGGCUUCAACUACUUCGAGCUGGUGCUCGUGGCCAACAUUGGCGGGAGCGGGUCGAUCAAGAGCAUGUCGGUGAAAGGGACCAACACCGCGUGGAUCCCCAUGUCCAGGAACUGGGGCGCCAACUGGCACUGCCUCUCGGGGCUAGUUGGGCAGGCGCUCAGCUUCGCCAUCACCUCCACCGGCGGCCAGUACCUCGUCUUCGAGGACGUCGUGCCGGCCUGGUGGCAGUUCGGGCAAACCUUCUCCACCUGGCGCCAGUUCGACUACUAGAACAAACAUUACUAGUAUUAUCAACUCAU